AUGUCGUCGGCUGUAGCGGAGCUGGAUAGCUACCUUCGGUCCAUGCUGGCUUUGAAGCCUCCCGGGAUUACAGGCUCCAAGGUUCACAGUAUCACCAGACUGUGCACCGCCAAUGUUCAAGAUGAACCCGCUCUCAUCCAAAAAGUCUACACCCACUUCAAGAAGGCUCCAGCCACCCACAAGCUGGGCGUUCUCUAUGUGGUCGACUCUAUAGCCCGGCAUUGGGUGGACGCCACUCGCAAGGCUGGCCGGCCUCCACGAAGCGCCGCGCCGGAUGGGACUACGCUGGUGGUGUCGAUCGAUUGA